AUGAAGCUGUUCACUCUCUUGGUACUCGCUGUUUGCAUCGCCUUGGGCUGCGUUUGGGCCCAGCCUGCCGGCUAUCCAAGUGCUCGUCCUCCGGCCACCUAUCUGCCCGCCAAGCCACCAGCACCAGCUCCAAAGCCACCGCCGCCGCCCAAAACUAGCUAUGGUCCUCCGAAGCCCAAUGGAAAGCCAAAGCCACCACCGCCUCCUCCUCGACCCAGCUAUGGAGCACCACCGCCUCCAAAGAAGCCACCAGCACCGCCUAAGCCCAGUUAUGGACCGCCGCCAGCUCCACCUAACAACGGAUAUAUACCGCCAUCAAAUGGGAAUGGAGGAGGUGGGGGAGGCGGUGGCGGUGGAGGCGGAGGAGAGGAUAUACCGAUCAUCAAGCUGGAAUCCAAAGUCAACACCGAUGGUUCUUAUAAGUACGAAUACGAGACCGGGAAUGGCAUUAUAGCCGAGGAAAUGGGCUACCUGAAGAAUGCAGGCGAGGAGGGGUCCGAGGCGCAGGUGGCCGAGGGCUCGUUCUCCUACACUAGUCCCGAGGGCGAUGCCAUCUCGCUGACCUACAUUGCCGAUGAGAACGGGUUCCAGCCGAUGGGGGAUCAUCUGCCCACGCCCCCACCCAUUCCCAUCGAGAUUCAGGAAGCACUAGACCUGCUGGCUGCAGGUGGCGGCUGCCACGGAUGCGAUGACAACGAGACGGGAGGCGGCAACGACGGUGGGGGCUAUGUCUACCGCUAA